AUGUCGUCGUCGUUGUCGUCAACAACAACCACAUUCACUCUCCCCAACACCAACCCUAGCAUCCCAGUAACUCACCCUUCCACACUCACCAAGGACCAGCUCCUCAACUUCCCAGCCUUCAAGACCUGGUUGAACACCUUGCAGAGGAGCCUCUCGCUCCAGCACAGCUCUGCUUCCCACCCCUUCCACGGAUCGCCUUACUCUCUGAGAUCCAUCAACGUCCAAUCCGUCGAUUUCUUUUCCGGCCACCGCCUGGGUUUCCUCAAGCUGAAAGCCACCGUGACCAAUGACCAGGGCGAGUCCCUACCCGGCUCGGUGUUCAUGCGAGGCGGGAGUGUUGCCAUGCUGAUAAUCCUGACGCCGUCGCCGUCGCCGUCGCCUUGCCCCGAGCAAUCAUCCUCACGGGCGACGACGACGACGACUUCCCAGGAGCAGCCACGGCCAGAGGAAGAGUACGCGAUCUUAACGACCCAGCCGCGCGUCCCGGCCGGCUCGCUCAGCUUCGUGGAACUGCCGGCGGGCAUGAUCGACGACAGCGGCACGUUCGCGGGCGCCGCGGCCCAGGAAAUCCGCGAGGAGACGGGUCUCGAGAUCGCGAGCGACGAGCUCGUCGACAUGACGCGGCUCGCCUCGUCCGUCACCCAUGCUCCGCACAACGACCCGGAAGAAGAAGAGGAGCAGCUGCAGGCCGCCAUCUACCCUUCCCCAGGCGGGUCCGACGAGUUCAUCCCCAUCUUCCUCGCCCGCAAGGCCCUCCCGCGCGCCCAGAUCGAGGCGCUCAAGGGCAAAUUGACCGGCUUGAGGGAUCACGGCGAGAAGAUCACCCUGCAAAUCGUGAGCCUGCACGAGGUGUGGAAGGUCGCGUGGAGAGAUGGGAAGACCCUGGCGGCCAUGGCGCUCUAUCAGGGGCUAAAGGGGGAGGGAAAGCUGUGACCUUGCAAUUGGGGUUACGAGAGAAACAGUCAGAGUUUUCCAGUGGUGAUUUUUCAGGGCUGUGUUCUUUCCAUUCCCGCCGCUCUGU